GCUGGUUAGGCAAGGAUCGUUCUUUCAGAUAUAUGGCAUGAUAACUUAGGCCUAUUGGUGGACGACUUUCUUAAUAAGUAUUCCAUUUACUUAGAAAUAACAUGGCACCACUGACUUUGCUGUCUCAUAUCAGACGGACAUUCUCUACAACCAGUUUACAACCAGGCAGUAAAGCUUCGUUGACGAAAGUUUUCACAGCAGCUGAAGUACAAACCUUCUCUGAGAUAAGUCAGGACAAAAAUCCUAUUCACAUCGAUCCAGAAUAUGCUGCAAGUACCCGAUUCGGAAAAUGUAUUGUCCACGGCGUCUUGCUUAACGGUUUGCUGUCGGCUGCGUGCUCAACCAAGCUACCAGGACCGGGUGCUGUAUACCUAUCUCAGGAACUAAGAUUUGUGGCCCCAGCUUUCCUAGGUGAGUCUGUGACAGCUGAAGUUGAAGUAAUGAAUAUAGAAAGACUGGUUAUGACUUUAUCAACGAUCGUUCGAGAAACCGAUACCCGGAAGGUGUUGUUGGAAGGAUCAGCCAAGCUCAUGAUACCGAAACAUUUAGCUAGGGGGAGGUAACUCUUGUGAACUUGACUGUCCGACUUUUCCUUCUGGUGCAACUAUCGUGUUCCUUUCGGAAUCAGACGUGGGAUAUCUAGGAUUGAUUUUAGUAAAUUCAUUAGACAAACCAUCGAAAAUUGUAAUAUUUUGUUUUUGUUGAAUAUAUUCAACUAGUUUUAAAGACAUGAAUAAAUGGUGAAAUAUUCCCUCCAGGAGUACUUAAUUAUAGAACCCUGCAUGCCAAGUUUUAAUUCAUAUGAAUAGUACCACGAUUCAAAAGAUACUAAUGCAUUUAUUGAUAAGAUAAGUCCGAUAAGCUGAAAAAGCAGGUUACCUGUAUCAUUACGAUGUUUCUUCCUCUUCAUGUAAUGAUAAGAUUUAAUAUUGAUUCCUCUUACCCUUCUGUGGAAUCUGUUUGAUGGAGAUUUAAUCAAUAUUUUGAUUUCCUUGACUCGUCCUCUUUAUUCCGACACUGUAUGGGGAAAGUUGAUUUGUUAUUUGGCCUAGAUGUUAACAUUAAAAUAUCUCUUUCAGGAACAAUAGAAUGUUGUCCACGCACCAGUUGUACUCCUAUGGUUACGACACUAAAUGGGUGGUAGCACAGGCCAUGUGGACCUUUUUAAGUUUUUAAUCCGAUUUCAUGGGCAGUCACUCAAGUGCUCAAAUACCGCCCACUUUUAUUUAAUGUUGUAUACGGUAAAAUUCCAUUGUUCUUGAAAGAGAUUCUUUGUAUGGCAUUGUGCUAUUCACUGAUUAGACUUUAGUACAUUUGUACAGAAGCAAUCGACUUUUGACAACCAUUAAGUAUCCACGACAUAUGAAAGAUUCGAUCUUUCGUUUCAUUAAAAUGUUAAUAUUAUAGUUUGAAUGUGUUUAGUAUGAGGAGUUUGUGAAUGUUAUUGAUUGUUUUAUCAAAAGAUAAAUAUGUGUGAAUAAAUGUUUGUUUAUAAAAGUUU